CAGGCUGUAUGACAGGCUGCAGCCCUCGCCCGCCUAGCCACCGCUCUCUCAGUGCCACCGUUCAUCUUCCAGAGCAGCUGGUUAACGGCUAACGUUACAUCCGCAAAUUUGCGAGCAAAGCCGGGUUAAAUUCAGCUAUGUCCGAGGAAGGUGAAGGAAUGAAGACGUCGGAGGAGCAGCAGGAAAUGGAGGACAAAGUAAUCAGUCCAGAGAAAGCAGAGGAGGCCAAGCUGAAGUCCAAGUAUCCUAACCUGGUAACCAAGCCUGGAGGCUCAGACUUUCUCAGAAAAAGACUACAGAAGGGGCCAAAGUAUUUUGAUUCUGGUGACUACAACAUGGCCAAGGCAAAAAUGAAGAAUAAACAGUUACCGUCAGCCCCAACGGAGAAGACUGAGAUUACAGGGGGGCACAUCCCAACACCUCAGGACCUGCCUCAAAGAAAGACUUCAAUUGUGACCAGCAAACUGGCAUUUUGAUGGUCUUAUGUUUACUGUUUUGUUACCAUUCCAACCCACACUUCAUAUCUACCUGCUGUUUACGUUUAUUUUUCACCUUUGUAUGUAUUCUCUAAGAACAAGUUAUGCACCAAGCCAAAUUCUUGAGUUAAAUGGGCAACUGUUAGGCACUGAGUUGUUAGAGUUAAACAAAACAACAAAAAGUUGUAGCUGAAAAUGUUUCUCAACCUCUAAAAAAAACAAAAUUGUAAUUGAGUAUAAAAAUUGUUAUGCGUAUAAAUUGAUGUUAAUGCUAUCUUAUUCUCACAUAACACUUUCACUUUUAAGUAUAUAUGCCUCCAUACAAGUAGCCUGUUUAAAAAGGAGCCUGCACAGAGAAUCUGAUUAUUGUAGAGGCAAAAAGCUGACGAGUUAUGACCACAGACAGUUUGCAUCAGUGCAUGUGAAAAGUAGAAGUGUAAUUUACGGAUAUGCCUUUCGGUUUGAAACGGUUUUUAGUAUGCAAUUUCACAAAUGGAGGCAUGUUUGUUUAAAUAGUGAAAAGUGACGUAAUAUUGCUUUUCUUGUUUUCUAAUCCUCGAUUGUUUGUUUCCCUUCCUCUCUCUGUGAAGCUGUUUGAUUCUGUGCUUUCAAAGUACUGGAGAUUAGACCCCACACACUUUGUAGCCAGUUGUAUUUUAAUUCAUUUUAGUGACAUUGGUUUGCAAGUACUUACUGCUGGUCUCCAUUUCACCCUGACAUCUAAAAUGGCCUUAAAAGUAAUGAACUGUUGUUCCUCUUGAGCAAUAUUUGCUCCCUCAGUGAGAAUCUUAGUUAUGAAUUUUGCCUGAAAUGUCUGUCAUUGUCUGACUGGAAUCACGUAGGAUUUUAUGGAAAGAAACUCCCAUGACAUGUCUGGAGUGUGCAUGUGCAUUUACUGUGCAGUCACAGUGUGCCAUUCGUUUUGUAAAUAAAAUAGUUUUGCAUAAUA